UUUUAGAAAAAAAUAUCUACAAUAAUUCCAACUUUACCGGACGGCUUGUUCUUUUAAAAAAUAAGUAGUACAUUAAGAGGCUGUUUGGCAACUUCUGAAUGGGUAAGUGCUGAACCAAUUCCAUUCCCCAAUCCGCCUUUCCACCGGAGAUGUAUCCCACCGUGCUCGCCGCCGUGACGGCCGUCGCAACAAUCUCCAAAGUUGCUGAGCAACUCGGAUACUUCAACAAGGAAACACCGGACGAACCGGGAAAAGCCGUAGAGGCUGCGGAGAAACAACCUGCCGAUAUUGGCUUCUUGUUGAGUAGAAUUUCGCGGUUCAACGGGAGUGGAUAUGAGACAUGGAGCAGUAAGAUGAAGACUAUGUUAAUGUACCAAGAUCUUUGGGACUUGGUGGAAGGAGGCUAUACAGAGGAGGAGCUCACUGUUGAGGAGGUUGAAUAUGUUCGAAAGAGGGAUGCUGCACCCUUGUUAUUAAUCCAGCUGUCUAUAGAUGAAUCCAUUUUCUCUUGCAUCGCUAAUGCCAAAACAUCUAAACAAGCUUGGGAUGCACUCGAGAAGAAGUACAAAGGUAAAGCACCAGAACCAACUCUGAAGAAGGUUGGAGAUGAAUUGGCCUCAUCUUGCACUGUUGAUGCUACUAAAUCAGAAGAAGCUCUUUGGGAUCCACUCUAUCUGGAGAAGCAUGUGAAUGAAUCAGCUUUGUCCAGCCAUGCAGUCUGUGCCGAUGCACCUGGAUCAAAAGGAGCUAAUGCCAAGGUUGUGGAGACAAAUGGAGCUAGUAAAGCUUUUGGAGAGUUCAACAACUUUGGCUCCAAGGAUUGGUGUAGUGGCAAUUCCUCUAGUGGAUUUUGCAGGGACGAUAAUGACACAAGCACAGCAGAUCUCAACGGGAAAAAGUGUGAAGUUUUCAAAGGAUAUAGAGGAAAUUCCUGCCGUGGGGGUCGUGGCGGCAGAAUUGGUGGACACUUUGACAACUACCAGGGAGGUAGUGGAGGUCGAGAGGGUGAAAACAUUAACAAGAAGGGAAUUCAUGGAGGAGGUCCUGGAGACGGCAAUGGACUGCGCUUUAACAAGGGGGGAAGUCCUGGAGCUGUAGACAACGGACACAUUAACAACAACCAGAGGGUUCAUGGAGGCCAAGAUGAUCAACACUCGAACAAGCAGGGAAAAGGUGGAGGUGUGGAUAGUGAACCUUUAAAAAACAACCCGGGAUUUCACAGAGGUGCAUUUCGUGGAGGUGGUCAGCGUGGAGGUGGAGGUCGUGGAUGUGUAAGUCAGAGAGGUAGAGGUCUUGGAGAUGGACUUCAUGGAGAUGGGGGUCGUUUUGGUGGGUUUCACGGUGGAGGUAGUGACGGGGGCGGUCUUGGAAGUGGAGGCCGCAGAGGUGGAUUUCGUGGAGGUCGUGGAGGUGGAUUUUGUAGGGGUGGUGGUCGGGGGGGCUAUGGAAGUGGAGACCGUAAACACUUAAACAACAAUGGAGGUGGUAACCAUAAACAUUUUAAGAAUAAUGGAGAGCAUGGAGGCAAUAAACACAAAUCGUUUAACGAGGGUAGUCGUGAAGGCAUAAAUGAUGGAUGUUUUAAUAACCCCAACAAUCACCAUAGAGGUGUGGAUGGACAACCCUUUAUUGGCAGCCAGGGAGGUCACGCAAGCACACAUGAUGAAUGCUUUAAUAAUGAGCAUUCUGUGUUUGGUGAAUAUAAUAGCAGUAAUCCAAAAAUGGAAUCAAUUUCUUCUUGCACUACUGAUGAAAUCAAACUGAAAGAAGCACAAAAUGCUCUAGAACAGCAACAUAAAUCUAUUGAUGAGAUGCUGGUUAAGCCUCAAGAUGGAAGCACCAGCAAUGGAAUGAACUCGACCCUGAACCAUUCUCAUGAAGAGGCCCGGGAUCUCAAAUGUGGCGGAAGAAACAUUUUUAUAAACAAUUUGGACAUGGCAAUUGACGACAAGAUGCUCCAUGAUUUUUUUUCAGCAAUUGGAAACAUUCUUUCUUGUAAAGUGGUAACAUAUGGAUCAGGUGUGUCCAAGGGGUACGGCCAUAUUGAAUAUGACAGCGAGGAAGCUGCACAGAAAGCUAUUGAGAAGAUGGACGGUGCAAUGUUGAAUGGCAAGCAAGUGCGUGUAAAAUAUUUUGUCAGCAAGCAAGAAAGAGGCAUGGGUGUAAAGAAGACAAAACUCAGCCCCACUAAUGUCUUUGUUGGGAACUUAUCUCAGUCGACAACUGAAGACGAUCUUAGGAAUGCUUUUCAUUGCUUUGGUGGAACGAUCUCUAGCGUUGUACUCAUGAGAGAUGGAGAUGGGAAAUCAAAGUGCUACGGAUUUGUCCACUUUAAGGAUGCAGAUGACGCGGCUUGGUCAGUGGAAGUUCUUAAUGGCCACAAAUUCGACGACAAAGUGUGGCAGGUGAGAAGAGCUUUUGAGAACAAAUUUGUUGGAAAAGCUAAGAUGAAAUCCGUUGGUGUGCCGGUUCCUUCUUCCACCGACAGUGGAACUAAUAAAUCAGGAAACCCGUCGGAGAAAUCUAUGGAAUCAUCCACCAAAUCAGCGGACGAAUCUGUCCAUUCUUUCAAGGCUGAUGCAUCUGAAUUAAAAAAGAAAGAAAAGCUGCAAACACAUAACAAAACGGCAAUCUACAUCGACAAUUUUGGGGUGGGGCACUUCAACUUCUAAAAACCGUGUUUUUGUGGCAGCUGGAACUACUCCUGGGGUUGCAACGGUACGAUCUAUCUACAUGUAUAUUUAUGGAUAUGUGCUGUCACAUCAUGUUAUUAGUAGUAGCUUACUAUGUAGGGUGGUGUCCUCUGAGAACACUUGGUAGAGCAUAUUGGAGCCAUUCCUUGACUUGGUUUGUCAAAUAAUUAUCAUUAAUUCCCCUAUAUGGCCCCAAUAGAUUAUGGAGUUUUCAUGGGGGUUCUUUUUAAACUUUUGAUUGGACCCCUUUUAUGUUAUUGGGUAUAAUUGUAUAAAACAUUUACUCCGGGGUAAAUGUUUAGUCCUUUGCAGGGCCGAUCUUGAAAUGAGAAAAAAUAAUGGUUCGUUAU